AUGACUGAAAACAAAAAUAACAUUAGAGUAGUGUGUCGUUUUCGUCCACAAAAUUCUCGUGAAAUAAGGGAAGGUGGUGUUCCCAUUAUAUCAUAUGAUGAAAAUGGAGAAACAUGUCGUAUGGAGGGUAAAGAAUUUCAAGGAAAUUUCACAUUCGAUUAUGUAAUUUCUGGUUAUAAUGGUACUGUAUUUGCUUACGGUCAAACUGGUUCUGAUAUGGAUAAAGAUGAUAUGAAAGGUCUUAUUCCACGUAUUGUUGAACAAAUUUUUCAUUGUAUCAUUGCCUCUCCACCAACAACUGAAUACACAGUAAAAGUAUCAUAUAUGGAAAUCUAUAUGGAAAAGAUUCCACAAAAUGAUAAUCUUCCUAUUCACGAGGAAAAAAAUAGAGGUGUAUACGUCAAAGGAUUAUUGGAAGUUUAUGUCAGUUCCAUUGAAGAAGUUUACGAAGUAAUGAAACGUGGUGGUAGUUCUCGUAUUGUUGCUUAUACAAACAUGAAUGCUGAAAGUUCACGGUCACAUUCCAUCUUUGUGAUCACAGUUGGUCAAAAAAAUCUUGCCGAUGGUAGUGUUAAAAGUGGUAAAUUGUCACUUGUAGAUUUAGCUGGUUCUGAAAAGGUCGGAAAAACUGGUGCUUCUGGUCAAACUUUAGAAGAAGCUAAAAAAAUCAAUAAAUCAUUAUCUGCUUUGGGUAUGGUCAUUAACGCUUUAACUGAUGGCAAGUCUACUCACAUUCCAUAUCGUGACAGUAAACUUACUAGAAUUCUUCAAGAAUCUCUUGGUGGUAACUCUCGAACAACUUUGAUUAUCAAUUCUUCACCAUCAUCAUUCAAUGAGGCUGAAUCUUUAAGUACUUUGAGAUUUGGUAUGAGAGUUAAUGCAGAAUUAAGUCCAGCUGAGCUUAAAGCUCUCCUUAAGAAAGCCAAAAACGAAGCAGUCACUUUCCAACAAUAUAUUACAGCUCUCGAGGGUGAAGUUGGAGUUUGGCGUAAAGGUGGUAACGUUCCAAAAGAACAAUGGGCUUCAAUGGAUAAAGUUACAUCUGGUGCGGUUACUACUGCAUCAUCACCAACAAAUCCUUCAGUUGAUGCCAUUAAGAAAGAUGCUGAAGUUACCGAUUCUAGACCUGGUACCCCAGUUCCAAUACUAGAGAAAGACGAGCGUGAAGAAUUUUUGAGAAGAGAAAAUGAACUCACUGAUCAAAUCGCUGAAAAAGAAACUAUAUUGGCUGAUCAAGAAAAAUUGAUUGCUGACAUAAAAGAAGAAUUGAACGAGUUCAAAGAUCAAAUGGCAUCAGAACUCAAUGAACUUAAAUUACAGUUGGAGAAAGUUACAUAUGAUAAUAAAGAAGGUGCUAUUACUGUUGAUAGUUUACGUGAAGCCAAUAUUGAAUUAAAUAAUGAACUAGAAGCACUUAAGAAAUCGCUUAUAGAACUUAGAAUGGCACAAAAAGAAGGCGACAAAGAGCAAAAGAAACAAGAGAAGAUGGCACAAAUGCUUGCUGAACUUGAUCCAUCUGGAGUUAUCUCGGCCAAGGAGAAACAAAUUCGUGACACAUUACUUAAACUCGAGUCGAUUGAUGGUAAUAACACCACAACAUUAACUCUCGAAGAAAUCACAGCAUUACGUCGCGAAUUAUCUAACUCUAAGUCAUUGGUGGAGCAACAUGAACAAACAAUUAACGAAUUACAUUAUGAAAAUGAACAUUUAACCAGAAAACGGGAUGAACUUGAAAUUCGUCUUACAACUUUAGAACUUGAUGCACUUGCAGAUUUGAAGAGAGCCAAUGAAGAAUUACAAUCUGCAAUUUCUAGUCAAGAAAUUAAACCAGAUGGCAAAAACGUUGUUGAAAAAGAAAAGGAUAUGGAAAGAAUCCGUAAAACAAUGGCGCAACAAUUGUCCGAUUUUGAUGUCAUGAAGAAGGCCCUUAUGAGAGAUUUACAAAAUCGUUGUGAAAAAGUUGUUGAACUCGAAAUUUCAUUAGAUGAAACUAGGGAACAAUAUAACAAUGUUUUACGUAAUAGCAAUAAUAAAGCACAACAAAAGAAGAUGGCUUUCUUGGAAAGAAAUUUGGAACAACUUACAAAUGUACAGAAACAAAAAGAAGUUGCCAUUGCUGAAAGGAAACUUCAUGCAAGAAAUGAACGUAUCCAGGCUUUGGAAACUUUACUGCAAGAUGCACAAGAAAAACUCACAACACAAAAUCAAAAAUUCGAAGCUCAGUUACAAGCAGUUAGAGAAAGAUUGGAACAAGCAAGAUCCCAAAAAAGUAACACACUUGCUUUGAACUUUGGACGUAUUGCUAAACCUCUCCGGGGUGGCGGUGGUGUUGUUUCCAUGGGUCGUAAACAAGGAAAAGUGAAAUUUUUCAAUUGUCAAAAAGGCUAUGGGUUUAUUAUUCCUAACGAAAUUAUCGGUGAUAAUAGUAAAAUAGAAGAUGGAGAAUUUAAAAGUCUUGCAGAGGGCGAAGAGGUUGAAUUUGAAUUGAUGCGAGGACCUAAAGGAUUUCAAGCUACUAAUGUUAGUGGCCCAAAUGGAAUUUCAGUUAGAGGUGCUGCACCUAGUUUUAAUGCAGCAAUAGCAAUUGGACAACCUUAUUCAAGUUUUCAUUCUACUUUUAUACCUCAAUCAGUAGUAUCACAACGAAACACAUCACCAACUUUAACAUCACAGCCUCAACAAUACCCUCAAAGAUAUUCUCAAAACCUUCAUUCUAAUAUUCAUCACCAUCAACAUCCACCGUCACUACAACAUUUGCCACAACAUCUUCCAACAAACCAUCAUGUUCAUAUUCCACCAUCGCUAUCACCACCAUUACCUCGUCCUUCCUCACAUUUAAUUCACUCUCACACUCAUUCAUCAUCACUACCAUCAUCAUCACUUCUUCAUCACCCAUCGGUUCCAGUUCCACCAACACUAGAACCUCAUUACACCACCGCCAUCGCUUCUUCUCCGCAAUUUACUAAUUAUCCACAACAUAUUCAAACCUUUCGAUCAACAAUUUAUUUGGUGUGA